UGCCAGACCUUCAAAUGUAACUCAUGUGGUCGAUUCGAAGAGGCAGUUUUAAGAUCCUAGGAUGGCCAAGAUACUGCAGAAAUACAUAAAGUUCUCGGCCAAGGAGCUGGAGAAGUACGCCAGCACCCCGGGGUCCUGUGUGCGAUGCAUCUCCAAGGAGAUGCACCUGGCAAUGGGUCCGUACGGCAUGGCCAGCUUCAAGCACGCUCUCCACGAGCUGCUCAUCCGCACCAAGGUGGGAUUCUACGAUGCCAGUCUCGACGGGAUUGUGCUGGGCAUCAAGAACAUCAAAGUGCUGGGACAAACAGCCGGACUGCGGGCGGAUGAUCCCACCAUGCACCUGGUCAUUCACGCGGACUUCUACGUCUUCCGUCCCGAAGUGGGCGCCGUACUGAACGGCGUGGUGCAGCACAUAUCCAAGUACCACAUCAACGCCGUCAUCUACCGGGUCUUCAACACCAACAUCCGCUUCACCAACAAGGAACAGAGCCGCGAUGACUUCGCCAUGGACCAGGAGAUCAAGUUCAGCAUAAAGAGCUUCGAUAUCGGCAAUGUGGUGCCAUGCAUCGAGGGUGAACUUCUGUUUGAGAAUGGCAAGGAGCCAAAGAAUCAAUCCACAAAGUUUGCCAGUCCCGAACCGGAGGCUAUAUUGGUUAAGGAAGAGGACCCCGAUGAAAUGUUAGAUGCCCUUUUAGAAGAAAUUAAGAAAGAACCCGAUUUUACGCCAACUAAGAAAUCAAAAACAAAACGCAAGAAUGGAGAAAAUGGUGACACGGUAAAGAUGAAAAAAGUGAAAAAAGAAAUAAAAAGCGAGCCAAUAUAGAUUUAAAA